CAACUCAAUCAAACAACAAAAGCUCCAAAGCUAGAAGUUACUAUCAAGUGAAGCUAAAUUGGAAAGGAGUAGUAUCAAUUAUCAAACUAGGAGAUGGCAGGAACAGCAACAUUGAGUCUUCCUAUCAUAGACCUCUCCUCACCUGAUCGAAUUUCCACAGCCAAAUCCAUCCAUCAGGCAUGCGUUGAGUAUGGUUUUUUUUACCUUGUGAACCACGGUGUGGACGAGGAUUUUAUCAAACAAGCAUUCGAUCAGAGUGCAAACUUCUUCUCACUUCCAAUUGAAGACAAAAUUAAAUUGAACCGCAAGGAGUAUAGAGGUUAUACUCCUCUCUAUGCUGAGAAACUUGACCCUUCUUCACUAUCCAAAGGUGAUCCAAAAGAGAGCUAUUACAUUGGCCCUUUAACAGAUACCACAAGUGUUCGUCUGAAUCAAUGGCCUUCUAAUGAAUUACUCCCAAAUUGGAGACCCACAAUGGAAUCCUUAUUUUGGAAAAUACUGUCAGCUGGCAAAGAGUUGUUGUCUUUAAUCGCCCUGUCUUUGAAUCUUGAUGAAAAUUAUUUUGAGAAGAUCAGUGCCUUAAAUAAACCAGAAGCUUUUCUUCGCCUUUUGCGCUAUCCAGGUGAAUUGGGACCUAAUGAAGAGAUAUGUGGUGCCUCUGCUCAUUCAGAUUAUGGCAUGAUCACUCUCCUAUUAACCAACGGUGUUCCAGGACUGCAGAUCUGCAAGGAGAAGUUGAAGCAGCCUCAGGUAUGGGAGGAUGUUUCUCAUGUAGAAGGGGCCAUAAUUGUGAACAUUGGGGACAUGAUGGAGAGAUGGACAAAUUGUUUAUACCGGUCAACACUUCACAGGGUGAUGCCAACAGGAAAAGAACGCUACUCUGUGGCAUUCUUCAUGGAUCCACCCUCAGAUUGUGUUGUGGAAUGCUUUGAAAGUUGCUGCAGUGAAUCAUCUCCCCCCAGAUUCCCUCCAAUACGUAGUGGGGACUACUUGAAUCAGCGGUUCAAGCUCACAUAUGAUUCAGAAAGAGAGCUCAAGUGCUCCUUCCAGUCAAAGAGCUGAAGUUUGUGCAAACAUUCAUUUGGUUUCAACCAAAUUUAAAUACAUGUUGCAUUUUAAUAAAGUUUUCAAAAUCUGGUCUAUGACUAUUGGUUGUUGUCAUAUCAUAUCAAGAAUUUAUUAUGAUAUUGUUGUUGUUUUUAUAAUAGUUGGACCCGAUGGAUAAAUAGCUUAUUUAAGUACUUAUGCAUUAAGUGUUUAUUUCUAAA